AUGGCGCUCUCGUCAUCUCAACCUGCAGAUCAGGGCUCUGCUUCCAAUCCUCAUUCAGGGGGAGGCAAUAACUAUGACCACUUGACAGAGUCUCCAACCUCCCAUGGCAAGGAUCAGCAAGACCAUCCUGAGACGUCAACUAGGACUUCCAAGACAGUGGAGGCACUGCUCAACACGGACGCGUUUGUGUUGGAUGGAGAAUGGUUUUAUGAUGCUGUGGCAGUGGAAGGUGAGGACACCUUCGCUACAACGGACAAGAGAACUGGCGUAGCGUACUGGGGGCUGCAGAUGGACUGCGAGACUCAAAUGGUUUACUACUUUAAUCAUUCACAACCUCAAGAAAUGCAGUGGCUACCACCUGCCGAUCUGAUUCACCCUGCUACGCACGAGGUUUUGUUAUGGGAUGCGUCGGCGCAGUGGUUUUACUACUACAACCCGCAGGUGAGCAAGCUAGACGCUGAGUCGGAAUCUUCGCCGCUUACAAGUCACUUGACGUACUGCAGACCAAGGAGAGUAGAUGGCUGGAUGAAAAGACUAGCCAGCAACAGCCUGAUGAACUCUUGA